UGUGGCUGCACCUGAACGCAGCUUCUUGCAGAGCAAACAGAAGAAGAGGACGGGGGCGGGGCUUGUGUUCAAACGUAUGGCGCGGCUACGGAAGAGAUGUAUUGUGUUUGUUUAAGCUAGCUGGUUAGCUUCUGCCUCAUGACACAACUUUAACAGGUUAAAUAUUAAAAUGAGUCAGACAAGUGUAGGGUGUUUCUCUUCACAACAAAGGACUGUGCAGUAACUUAACAUAUUCGACUGUCGUUACAGGACGAUCCUUGCUACGUCAGGAUGCCUAUCAGAGCUCUGUGUACUAUCUGCUCCGAUUUCUUCGAUCACUCCAGAGAUGUUGCUGCCAUCCACUGCGGACACACUUUCCACUAUGAGUGUCUCCUCCAGUGGUUUCAGAUAGCCCCCACAAAAACAUGUCCACAGUGCAGGAAACAGGUCAGCACCAGACACAUAAUCAGCAAGCUGUUCUUUGAUGUUGGUGGAGAGGAGGGGGCCCCAGCAGCAGACCCCGAAAGCUUACAGAAUGAGCUGGAUCGAAUUAAGGUGCUUUUAAGCUCUAAAGAGCGAGACUGGCGGGACAAACAGAAGGGGAUGGACAGUUUGAAGGACACAGUUGACAAGCAGAGGAGAGACCUGGAAACCACGAAGAAAGAGAUCAUGGAAAAGGACAUGCUCUGCUCUGCACUAAGAAAGCAGAUGAUGUACCUGGAGACACAACAGAAUGAUGUUCAGGCUGCCAAGGAAGAGAUCCGCAGACUCAGAACCAAGAUGAAAACCUUUGAAAGCCUGGACGUGUUGUUACAGGGUCAGAGAACAGAGGUGGAGUCCAUGAUCACAGAUAUGGGUGUCAGCCAUGCAGCGAUGGAGCAGCUCUCCAUCUACUGCAUCUCUCUCAAGAAAGAGUAUGAUAAUCUCAAAGGAAGCCUGAAAUCUUCAAAUGACAUGUGCGAGAAGCUCAAGAGAGAAGUGCUCUCCUCAAACAACAAGUUACAAAAAGCCUCAAUUGGGAUGAAUCAGUCCAAGAAGGACAUGGAGUCUCUGCAGAAUGAUCUGUCAAAUGCAGACAAAGAGAUCUCUAGUCUGAGGAAGAAAGUGGAGUUUCUUCAGAAGACCCUGAGCACACCGACGCGGACAAACGAAACCCUUAGUCGGCUCGUCUUUGAAAGCCCGGCCCCCAUGGAGCUGAAGCAGCCUCGCCUUCACCAGCCUGCAGACAGCGAGGACAUUGACCUCAAUAUGACCUAUGACGUCUCUACACCGGAUGAUGUUGCCAAGAGACCGUCACAGGUCCCGUCUAAGAAGAUGCGUCUUGACCCUCCAGUAAUGUCCUUAUCUAAACACAAUGAGAAAAGUUUAACUUCAACAAAGGCUCAACAAGAGGAUGGAUCCAUGGAUCUGUUUAUGAGGAACUCCCUCCUCUUCAGAAAGAAAACAUUUGGCAGCAUGUUGGACCCUCAGAGGAAGCCUGGAGUGAUGAGAACUGGUUAUGAUGGAUUAGGAGGACGAACUAAAUUCAUCCAACCUUCUCCUCUAUCAGAGAUCCGCCCGCUGAUGAAAGCUAAAAGGAAGAAGGUGACCAGGCCUCCGCCCAGGAUUGAAACGUGCCUGACUCUGGACAGCUUCCUCGAGUGAGCACGCGCCCCCCCCCCCCGGAUGACUUGCUGGUCCUGCUCUGGCACAGAUUUCUUGUGUGUGUGUUAGUUUGAAUAUCUAUGUCAGGACUUCAGUCUUGUCCAGGCUUUGCUUAGGAGCCUUUUUUUUGUAGUUGUGUGUCUGUGCCUCAGAGACUAACUUCUUUUUGGACCAUUCAAUAGUCAGUAGGACAGUAUUAUGUCACUGAUCAUCACACAUCUCUAUUCUGACGUCUGAAAAAUAAUUAUUCGUUAUUUUUCACAGUAAAACUCUUUCCAUGAACACCAACAUGUGAAUAUAAUAUAGGUGUUCUUUUAGUUGUAAUGGACUUGCCGGAUGAAACCCAGAUAAAAUAAUAAACAAUAUUUUUUUUUAAUUAA